AUGGUCCAAAGAGCCGGCGACGAUCUCCCCGCUAUCGUCCUGCUACCUUCCGAGCUAGCUGAAGCGCUGACUGGCUGGAUAUGGGUGGUCCAAUCUAUCAACUUUAAAAAAGAAAUAAAGUUAGUACAAAAACCCACUCCACUUCCUGCAAAGGGCGCGCUAGCCAAACUAAGCCCCUUCCUCGACAACAAGGGCAUACUACGCGUCGGCGAACGGCUGGGCAAUGCUUCAAUGACUCGCGAGGCGAAGCACCCGACAUUACUUCCCAGCACCUCUCAUAUAACGCAGCUACUGAUCAAGGCCACGCACCUGCGAACAUUGCAUGGAGGAGUGCAGCUUACCCUGACCUCCCUGCGCCAGGAGUACUGGCUUAUACGUGGAAGAGCUUUGGUGAAGAAUUACAUUCACCGCUGUCUGCCGUGCUUGCGUUGGCGGGCGGCUUCUCCUCAGCCACCAAUGGGUAACUUGCCAGCCCCGAGGGUCAUGCAUUCACGGCCUUUUUUGCACACGGGCGUCGACUAUGCUGGACCAAUCUGGUUACGCACCUCCAAGGGUCGAGGCCAUCGAGCUUAUAAGUCAUUCCUAAUAAUAUUUGUUUGUCUCAGCUGCCGCGCGGUCCACCUUGAUGUCGCCUCCGACUAUACCUCCGAUGCCUUCUUGGCCGCCCUGCGUCGAUUCAUCAGUCGUCGCGGCCUAUGUAAAAUCCUCUACAGCGACCGCGGAACUAAUUUUGUGGGUGCCGAUAAACAGCUACGUGCGCUCUUUUCCGCCAGCAGCAAGGAAGGACGUCAAAUCCAUAACUACCUAGCAGACGAGAGAAUUGAGUGGCGAUUCAAUCCACCAGCCGCUCCUCAUUUCAGCGGUCUCUGGGAGGCCGCCGUUAAGUCAGUGAAGCAUCACCUUCGCCGUGUGGUCGGAGACGCAAAAUUGACCUACGAGGAGAUGGCCACGCUUCUUGCACAAGUUGAAUCCUGCCUCAACUCUCGGCCGCUGCAACCCAUGUCGGACGACCCAGAGGACCUCGAAGCGCUGACUCCUGGCCAUUUCCUCGUAGGCACCGCGCUUAAUGCCAUUCCAACUUCACCAAUUGCCGAAGAGCCAAAGACGUUACUCACCAGGUGGAGGCUGAUUAGCCAGAUGCGAGACAGCUUCUGGACUAGGUGGUCGCGAGAGUACCUCCACUCUCUGACGCAUCGACCAAAAUGGUUCAAGGCCGACGAGGAAGUCCGCAUCGGCCGCCUGUGUCUGCUCCGGAGUGAAAUAUCACCACCUAAUAAAUGGCCCCUAGCAAGAAUUGAGAGCAUCUACCCUGGGAGAGACGGCCACAUACGAGUCGUUGACGUGCGCACCUCCACCAGCAGCCUAACACGACCUGUCAACAAACUAGUGCUCCUCCCCAUCAACUCCUGCGCCAGAGGAGACGGCGAGUCGUAA